AUGCCAAACAUCAACGCCUCAAGAAAAAAGGUCUUGGGCACGCUUGGCGCAGCUUUGGCAUUAUACCAUAAAAACUACGGCGAUGCCCACGGCCUAGGAGGAAGAGUUACCGACUUGGUGAACAUGGGCUACUCCUUCAAAUUCAAAUUCACACACUUUGUCGUGCUAGCGGCAUUGGUGUUUGCAAAUUUCGUCAAGUGGGCUAUCUUUGGCAAAUUGACAGCCAACGAGGUGAAGAUCCUCAAGAAUAAGGCGGGCUAUACCGCGUGGGAGUUUUUCUUUGGACUCCUCGUUUUCUACAACACUAGUCCCAGCUUCUUUGAUAUACAGCGGGAGGUGUUGAAGUAUGCAUUGUUGUUCUUCUGUGUGUUGCUCGUGAAGUACUUCCACUACUUGACGGCCGACAGGGUACACACAUUAUAUUAUUCCCCACAAGCCAUCCGUGCUGCCUUCAAUGGAAAGCAUGUUCAUCUACGACUUGCAGUAGGGUUACUCCUCAUCUUGCUCGUGGAGGGUCUUCUUAUAUUCCAAUACUUCCAAGACAUCAUCAUGAAGAACCAUCUGAGCGAGAACGUGCUAGUGACGAUCUUCGGCUUCGAAAUCAUGAACCAGUCGCCUUUGACGGUUGUGACUCUCCUACAAUUCAUCCUUGACCUGAUAGAGUCCAAAAAAGCAUACUCCAACUACACUGCAUUCAAAGAACGCAAGCUACGACUUAUGUUUGUGGCUGAAUUCAUCCUCAACGUGCUUCGCUUCGGCAUGUCUUGCAUCUUCACCUUAAUUUUCAUGUAUUAUUACACCUUUCCCGUCCAUACGAUUCCUUCAUCCUACGACAGCUUGAAGAACUUAUGA